UUCCAGCGGAUCGUUCGAAGAGCCAACACAAAUAUGCCCUGUUUCAAAGAUAAGGUUAUUAUUGUGACGGGUGCCAGCUCCGGGAUUGGGGCCUGCACUGCCGUUCACCUGGCCCGUCUGGGCGGCCUCCUGACCAUUGUGGGACGCAACGUGGAGAAGCUGAAGGCCACAGCGGAUGAGAUUGUCGCCGCUGGAGGAGCCCCGUCCCUACUGAUUGCUGCAGACAUGAACAAGGAAUCUGAUGUCGAGCAGAUUGUUUCUGCCACGCUGGUUAAGCACGGACGCGUCGAUGUGCUGGUAAAUAAUGCCGGAAUCCUUGAGACGGGCACCAUUGAGAACACCAGUCUGCAGCAGUACGAUCGCCUAAUGAACACUAAUGUACGCGCCAUCUAUCACCUCACCAUGCUGGCCACCCCCGAGCUGAUCAAGACGAAGGGAAACAUUGUGAACGUGUCCAGUGUGAACGGAAUCCGAUCUUUCCCCGGCGUGCUCGCCUAUAAUGUGUCCAAGGCAGCCGUGGACCAGUUCACCCGUUGCGUGGCCCUGGAGCUCGCUCCCAAAGGAGUGAGGGUAAACUCUGUUAAUCCCGGAGUGAUCAUUACCGAGCUGCAACGUCGUGGAGGACUAGACGACGAGGCAUAUGCCAAGUUCCUGGAGCACGCAAAGGUCACCCAUGCUCUGGGCAGGCCCGGACAGGUGUCAGAGGUGGCAGCGGCCAUUGCUUUUCUCGCUAGUAAUGAGGCUAGCUUCACUACGGGAAUAAGUCUGCCCGUGGACGGUGGUCGCCACGCCAUGUGUCCGCGAUGAGAUGUGCUGUUCCUAGUCCGAGUGUCCAAAAUAAUUUAAAUAUAUUUUGUAGCUUGCAGUCUCUAAA